AUAUGGACGUUGGUGGUUGGUUACCUGCUGAUGGUUUCAUUCAAGUGGAAUAUAAGCACUGAACGUUACUUGAAAGCAGUCUCUGUCCCUGUCUGGAUUAUGCUGCUCUUUCACUUAGCUUCUGUGGCAGGUUCCUGGAAGAUUCCUGUGUUUCUGGUUGUAGUUUUUCUGAUGACUGUAGGCGUGUUGCACGAACAGCAGAGUGGAAAGGAGUCAUCUGGGGCGGAGCUUCCUGGUCAGAUGAUUUCCAUCGCUGCUUCAACAAUUGCCAUGGCAAUUUCAAUGACAGAAGAUGAGUCCAAUAAUGAACGUUCCUCACAACCCUCAGGAGCAACAGAAGGUGAUCAGCCUCCACAUUCUUCAUCAUCUUCCUCCUCCUCUUCAUCCUCUUCUGGUAGCAGACAAAGACCUGAGAUUGGAUCUUUUCUUAGAAAAAAGAAAACUAGUGAUAUUUACUUCGUUACACUUGUGUGGGCCAUUGUUAUUGUCCAAAUCUGGCUAAAUUUCUGGAUUGUGCAGCUAUUGCCGGUGCCUUUUGCAGUUUGGGCACUUAAAAAAUUGGUGGUUCAUUUUGGAGUUUUGAACUUCAUGGCAAACCAUUGCAAAAGUUGGUGGCAACUUGUGGAAAAUUUUGUGAAGGAACGUCAGGAAGCUCUUGCUCCUCGGCCCAUCAGAGGGCUUGGAAGAGUCAUGCUAAAGCUUGACAGUAAGCUGUGGCACUGGCUUAAUAAGAAGAUGAUCGUGUGGUUGGAGAAAAUGCUAGAUAAAAUAAUCAGCAUUUUCAUAAUAUUUUUGCUAGUGAUAGGAACCCUUCUACUAGCCCUGCUCCUUACUGCAAAGGUACAUCAAGAGAGCGUUCACAUGAUUCAAGUCACAAGCAGCUUGAUCAAUGAGACAGUAGCCAGUCACCCAGAAUGGGCAAACUGGCUCCCAGAAGCCCAGGUUAUUCAGAAGGCACUCAAUUCAGCAGCUAAUAAUGUAUACCAGUAUGGCCGAGAAUGGAUUACCCAUAAGCUCCAUAAAAUUUUAGGAGAAAAAGUGAAUAACACCGCUGUGAUUGAAAAACAAGUGCUAGAGCUCUGGGACAGGCUUUAUCACUCUUGGUUUGUGAAGAAUGUAACGCAUUCUGGAAGACACAAAGGACACAAAUGGCACAUAAACCGUCAAAACAGCUGGCUUGGUGAUAUUCUGGACUGGCAAGAUGUUGCAUCAUUUGUUCAUGAUAAUAUCGAAACAUUUCUUUCGAUCCUGGAGUCUCUGUGGAUAGUGAUGAGUCGCAACGUGAGCCUCUUGUUUACUACAGUUACAACGUUAGUAACAAUCCUCUUCCACAGUGGGACAGCUCUUCUCAAUUUUGUGCUUUCAGUG